AGUGGCAUGCAGCAGCGCAGCGCAGGCGCUAGGUAAAGGUGAAAAAAAAGCAAAAGAAAGGCGAAGAAGGAAGUCGAAUUGGUCAUUGUUUAGAGUCUCUAGAUUCUUCUCCCAACAAAUUAACUAACUUCAACAGAUAUGGCAUUAAAGAGAAUAAAUAAGGAACUUCAGGAUUUCGGGCGUGACCCCCCAGCCCAGUGUUCAGCAGGUCCUGUUGGAGAUGACUUGUUUCACUGGCAGGCAACUAUAAUGGGUCCACCGGAAAGCGCCUAUCAAGGUGGUGUCUUUUUUCUGACCAUACACUUUCCAACAGAUUACCCCUUCAAACCACCCAAGGUGGCCUUUACAACAAAAAUUUAUCAUCCAAACAUUAACAGCAAUGGAAGCAUCUGUUUAGACAUCCUAAGGUCACAGUGGUCACCGGCACUCACGAUCUCUAAAGUGUUACUGUCAAUCUGCUCGCUCCUCAACGACCCCAACCCAGAUGACCCCUUGGUCCCCGACAUAGCUCGUCUAUAUAAGCAAGAUAGACCUAAGUAUGAAGAGCUGGCCAAGGAGUGGACGAAAAAGUACGCCAUGUGAUCAGCCGCUCCCCCUAAACAUACAAAAAGAAAUCACUAAAAGGGCUCAGCAUCAUCAAACGGGACAAAUCCACAACCGUAAGCUUUGAAUCAGGAAGUAGGGGUUGGGCAAUCUUCUGACCAUACAAGUGGGCGGUUCCCCAUCAUUCCUCCCCCUCCUGUUGUCAUUUUCUUUGGGGGAGUUGUCAUCUUGUCUUUGUUUUUUUAACAGAUACUUGAGUCUUUACUUAAUUUGGUUUAUUUGUUGAUUUUGUGGAUUUGUAACACUCAAGGCCAUUUACGAGCAAAAUGGAAAAGCAACAUGUUAUUUUAGAGACCCCCCAAACGAUUGAAAACAAAUUUGGCAAGUUGUUUGGGGUUAAAGAAACGCCAUUUUGUAGCCUGUACUGCACAGAAAAAUGGAUAUUUCUGAUGUCAGUCUUUGACAUUUCUCUGCCAAAAAUUUCAAACUCAAAAGGUUUUAAAAAAACACAGGGAAAAGAAGUUUAUGGUCAGUGCCCGCAUUUCGCGUUAAGUUCCUUUUUUUUUUGGUACUAAAUGGCCUUGGUAAUUCUAAUUUGCUUCUCUGAAUUUUGUGUCAGUCUGUUUUUGUAUACAACAGCACUAAUGGCUCGAUGUAUCGUUCCCCCCGUGAUUUCUUUUUUUCCCCCUCAAACCUUUCCCCCCAUCCUUCCCUUACAGUCCGCCAACUCUUUCAUGGACAGAAAUCAGAAAAAACCUCCCUGCAGCUCACUGAACAUUUCUGUCAACUUUGUAGAGACUGUGUUAGGCUUUUUUCCAAAGAGAAAUUUUUGUAGAAGAUAGGUAUCUUUGAGUUGUACUGUAGGUACCACGAA